UUUUCUCUCUCGCUCUCUUUCUCUUCAUAAAACACACGCUCUCUCUCUAUCUCUCUCUCUCUCUUUCUCUUUCUUUCUUUUAAUCUUCUUCAUCUUUUCAUCAUUUUGUUUCAAAUUCUGUAGAAAAUUCUGGUGUUAGAUAUUCUAUUCUGUUUUCUGAGUGACUCUCUCUCUCUCUCUCUCCCUUUCUCUCUUUCUCUUUCUCUUUUCCUUUCUUCCUCUGUUUUCCACUUCUUUUGGUCACAUUUUCAAAAAUCUCUCCAUCUCUCCUUCUCUUCCUCUCUCUCUCUCUCUUUCUCUCUUUCGCAUUUUCUAUCUCUAUUUACUUAUCUAACUAUCUCUGUGUGUUUACCUUUGAUUUUUUCUCGUUUUCGUUUUAAUAAUGGCCAAUAUUGCGACCCAAAGGAUACAACGUGAGUUGAACGAGGUGGCCAAAUUUGACGAAGCUCAGCGAAAAUCAAUUUCUAUAGAACUAGUAAAUGGUAGUUUAUUAGAAUUCACAGGAAAAAUCACAGGUCCUCCUGAUACUCCAUAUGAAGGAGGUGUAUUCAAUUUAGAAAUUAAAAUACCUCAAACUUAUCCAUUUAAUCCUCCUAAGAUGAGAUUCACAACCAAAAUUUGGCAUCCAAAUAUUUCAUCAGUUACCGGCGCAAUUUGUUUGGAUAUUUUGAAAGAUCAGUGGGCAGCUGCAAUGACCAUAAGGACAGUUUUACUCAGUUUACAAGCUUUAUUAGCCGCAGCUGAACCGGAUGAUCCUCAGGAUGCUGUGGUUGCCAAGCAGUUUAAGGAAAAUUAUCAACUGUUUGCUCAAACAGCUAAACACUGGACCUCAGUUUAUGCUCGGCCCGAAAAUGAUAAAGAAAAAUGGUUCAAUCCUGAUUUCGAUGCUAAAAUAGCUAAACUAUGUGAAGUCAUGAGUUGUAGUGAACAUCAAGCUCGAGUUGCAUUAUCAUCAAAUAAUUGGGAUCUUGAUCGGGCUACUCAAUCACUGUUACCUUAACAAUUCCAUGUUCAGCCUAAAUCAUUAAUUUAAAUCCGUCUUCAUCAUUCUGUUUGUGUCUUCACUCAUUUUUCUGCUGUUGUAUUUGAAUUAAGGAAAACAUCAAAUUGUCGGGUAUCAAAAGAAAAGAUCUUUAAAGACUGAUUGGAUAUUCUCAAUAUAUAUUCUCAGUAUUAUGAUAAAUGAUAUCAACUUAUCAUUUAUAGUAAUUAUCAGGGAAUCCAAAAAAUCUUACCUUUCUUCAUUUGCAACCGCAGAACCUUAUAUAAAGAUACAUCAUUCCAGUUACUACAAACACCAAAUGACGGACAUACAAAACAACUAUUAAUGAUAACUGUUAAUAAUGAUUAAGAUUGUUUAAUUAUCCAUUGAUUGUGUUAAUAAUGCUGAUAAAUACCCAUGUAAACAGUUAAAUUUUUGUUUCUUUUUUUUGACAGUCUUCGGGUAAAUCAAUGGGGUAAUUGUUUAGGUGAACUAAAAAAGGAAAGGAUAUUCAAUGCAAUCAAACAAAUUACUUCUAAUUUACCAUUAUAAUUACAAUUUCUACUACAAUUGAAAUCAUCAUGAACCACUAAUUCCUACAAUUGAAUUGCUCACUUUUCUGGACAUUUCAUAACAAAAAUUGUUUUCCUCCUUCCCAAUCAGCUGUUUACUUACAAGAAAUUAAUUUUCUUCUGCCAAAAACAAAUACAAAUCAACCAAUUGUUACUUUGCUGCUGUUGUAGGACGAUCAACUGUAAACAAUUAACUAACAAUUUAUCUCGAUAAAAGUUUUCCCAUCAGAAUACAUCACAGCAUAAAAAAUAAUCCCAAUCCCAUAGUCCUAAUCCUAAUCCUAAUCCUAUUUUGUUUUUUUCCAUUCCUAAUCAAAAGUGAGAAUCAACAAAUAAUUACGAGAAAGAGUAAAAUUAUUUACAAUUAACCUUUAAUUGUAAUAAUUGCCGAUUUGAUUUAAUCCCAUUCCCACUACCUUUGAUUGAGAAUUGGAUCAAAGGCUCAAAAACAAAUGAAAUUAUUAUUAAAAUGGUUAAUCACCAUAAAACUAUAA